AUGCGGCAGACCCUGGACAGCCAGGUAGCCAGCGGGGGCGGCGGCCUGGAGUGCCUGGACUUCACCCGCGGCGGAGGCGGAGGCGGGCGGGCGGGGUCGCAGGCCGGCGAGCGGCGGCGGUUCCUGGAGGCGCUGGGGUGGCACUGCCAGGCCAAGGGGGAUGCGGUGGUGGAGGCCUGGGAGCUACAGGAUGUGGCAGACCGCAUCGUGCUGCAGGCGCCCUCCCUGCAGGCCCUCAUAGAGCAGCUCAACGAGGCAGGCACGUGGGACCUGCUGAAGAAAGGGGCGGGGCGGUACCAGGUAUGCGGGGUGGCGGUACAGCGCGUGCCGCAGCAGAGCGGGCCGCAGCAGAGCGGCGCUGCAGGGCGCUUCGCCUGGGGCAGUGGCGGCGCCCCGGCCGCCUCCCAGCUGUCGGCUGGCAGCAAGCGCGGACACCAGCAGUCGCAGCAGCAGCCGCCGCCGGUGCCACGAUGGUAG